CGUAUUCAUAGUCAAUAGACUAUAGAGUACGUAUAUCAUUUUCGUAAUUCUUAAUCGUAUUUAUUGUGCUUUUGAGGAUUGCGUUGUGACUUGUGGGUGCUUAAAUCUUAACUAAAAUAUAAUUAUAUCGCCCCUAAAGUAUCCAGUAGAUAAGUUAUUUUACAAGAAUAAUGGCGGACCCAAACCCCCAAGCCGGUGACACAGGCCCACCAAAGGGAAUACCUGCUUUGAAAGCUCAUGUUAUAGAAAAUAAAAUAUAUGUAGCACUAUGGGGAACCCGUAUUUUGACCAUAUUGUUCACAUUUGGAUAUGUCAUUCCUAUAUUUACAAACUCAACAUCAGCAUUCUACAAGGCGUUAUUAGCGAAUGCAGCAACGUCGGCGUUGAGACUGCACCAGCGGAUCCCACCUUCGGAGAUAAGGUUCUCGCAGGAGUUCCUCAACAGGUUCUUCUUGGAAGACAGUGCUCACUAUCUCUUCUAUUCGCUGAUAUUCAUGAACGUUGCGCCGAACUUAUUAAUUUUGACGCCAAUUUUCUUGUUCGCGAUGCUGCACGCCGCCUCGUAUUCACUCACAAUAUUGGAUACUUUGGGCCAAAAUUCCAUGUGGGUGGCUCGCCUGCUAAUUUCGUUAGUGGAAUUACAAUCGCGGAAUAUUUUACGCGCGGCUGCUUUAGCUGAAAUCUCUCUAUUCCCAUUGGUGGCCAUCAUGGCACUUUUCGGCUACAGCGGUCUGCUAACACCAUUCAUGUACUAUUACUUCGUGUUAUGGCGAUACGCCUCCCGCCGUAACCCGUACACCCGUAACACGUUCAGAGAGUUACGUUCAGUGGCCGAGAGGGUGGCUAACAAGGAAAGUCUACCCUCUCCACUGAAGUCUGGAUUGCACUCCGCUAUCAGAGUUGUGUGCAUGAUGGCGCCAAGGGUGGAAGUUCAGGAGUGAGGUAAACGAAGACUACAUCAUUCAACAGUAUAUUUAUUUUUGUUUAUACCUGUUCUACUAUAAUAAUCUGUGCUCGAGUCUGCUAUUUUUGUCAAUUUCGAAACUUCACUUUGAUGCUAUGAAACUGUCAUGUGUCAAUAAUCCCUCUAAUCAAUGAUACGUCACAAUUACUAGAAAAUACUUGGUGCAUUUUAUAUUAUUUUCUUGGGACUGAGACAAAUAUAAAUAUAAUAUAUAUAUAGUUAUUAUUUGAGCAGACUCUGAGUGUCCACUAAGCUAGCACACAUAAGAGAAUCUAACAUUUUCAAGCACUAAUACGGGUUAAUAGGUUCUGUUGCUUUUUGCGUUAACCUUGUGUGCUAAAAUGCCUUAUCAAUUUCAAUCAUAACAAUUUUCCGCCAAAAUAUUUCUUAAUAUGGGUAAUUUAAGGGUUUAUGUUGUAUUCAAGUACAUUAGAAAUGUAUGUUUGUAUGUUUAUACGGUUUUGAAUGUAUCGUGUGGGCGAACACGGUUGAUUGGUGUCACACGCUGUCUGACCUGUCAACGUCAUGCCUGUCAGAUUGACAACAUCUUUAUGACAGCGCAAAGUAAAUUUAAACUGAUUUUUUUAUAAAUGAAUUCGUAUUUAUUUUAAUUCUACUUUUUUAAAUGAUAUCACAAAUAGCUAGAUGUGGUCUCAUUAAAUAACAGCUGAAGAAGUUGUUAUCAAAUGUCACUGUUUGACGGAUGACAGCUGACAGCUUACCAAUCACGUGUACAACCCAGAACGAUUUAUUGUAAGAUUAAAUAUUUUUUUAAGGAUUAAUAUACGAACAAAUUUGGUCCAAUAUUAUUCAAAUUAGAAAAAUGUAGGAUAAUUUUUUUAGUUUAAAUUGUUUCUAAAUUAAUGUGUAACGGAUAUACAAACAAAUAAAUAUAUAAAAACCACUUUUCUGUCACAAUUAUCAAUUCCCUUGGCAUUUAUGUAUUUUCAAUGAAUUUUUGUGAAUAUAAAGUUACACUUUUGUAUUAAUAUUAAAUGCACUUGGUUUUGGGAUGAAUGUAGUAUGGAUUUUUAAAUAAAUGUUUAAGAAAUA